UUCUACGCCUGCACAGCCGCCGAGCUGUGCGUUACAGAGAACUUUGAGGAAAUUAAGCACUGCUAGUGUAGGCACCGGACAAAACAGGACAUGUCAAGAGCCCCUCUAUGUCCUCUCAUUAGACCGGUACAUGAAGGACGCCAAUUUCGCGGUCUUUUUCCAGGGAAGUAUUCACGCCUCAGACAGCCUGUAUGAUGCCAGUUUGACUGAUGGAGACUGUAAGAUUCGCGUCUCAAUCGAACCCAGAUUGAAUCAUCUUAUUGUGAAAAAGCAAUUUCGUUGUGGUAGUACUCUAAAAAAUGUAGAAUUCUUGGUGGAAGAAAAUACAGAUAAAGGCAAUACAGAUAUUCUCGUUACUAACCUGGAAUUGGACCAGCAGUCAGAGGAUGCCGCUCUGCUCGCGCUGUCGUUAGUUAAUGUCAAAUCUCUCCCGUGGUGGGCUGGAGAAGAACCCAGUUCCCUCCCGUUGCGAGCGCGGAGAAGCACAUAUCUCCCACUAUGGAAUGACUACGACUUUUCUGGAGAAAUGUGGCGAGACCGUCCACCCGACGACGAGAAUGAACGGAGUUCAUCAUCUCGUGCUCCAGUUUCACUCCGGGAGGUGCGCCAGCGCUUCCUGAAUGAUGGGUCACGAAUCCGUGGUGAUGUCCGUGUGAGAAUUCUGCAGAAGUCUAGACUGAUACACUAUGGCAAAGCAGAGCAGAACUGUUUAUGCCCGUACAGGGCUGAGCUGCAGGUGGCAGAUGAGUCCGCUAGUGUGUCGGUGGUGCUCUGGAACACCGUGUGUAUGGAGUGGUACCGCCGGCUGCACCCGGGCAUGGUGCUCCGCCUGAGCCGCUUCCGAGUGCGGCAGAGUUUCAGCCACCGCAUUGGCCAGAACCCAGAGCCGGACAUCGAGAUCAGUUUAAACUCAUCCCACCCGAGCGCCAUCAUCUCCAUAGUGUCACGGGUGUGUCCUGAGUGGCAUUUACCAGAUGUGCCACAUGACUUCUGUAAGGGGGCAGACCUCCAGAAUCGUCCCCAUGGUAGCAUCUGUGACAUGGUGGGCCUGGUUAUCUUCACUGGCAGACCAGAGUGCGUCAAGAACAAGGAGGGGAAGAUGGACCAUUUCCGCUGGAUCCAGUUGGAGGAUGGGUCCUGUGAUUAUCCAGUGAUGGUGAAGCUGCACUCCACAUCUCAGCCUGAUGUCCACAGUACCAUCCAACCCAUGUCCGUGUUUGUCUGCACCAGACUGCAGUUGGUGAGCGGAUCAUCACAGUUCUACUACCUGACCAACACUCAGUACACACAGGUGUACUGCACAGGAACUGGCUGCCCUCUCACAAUACCUUAUAAAGGGAUCCGCCCAUUCAGACAGUUCCUCCAGUGGCUCGAUCAGACAGAUGAAGGCGAUGUGAUGAAGUGCUCUGUGGUUGGAGGAUUCUUCAUUUAUCCACCUCCUCCAGCCUCCCUCAAAACCUUCAUGGAGGAGCGAAAAGCACAGCCUGGGCUGAUCAGUGGGCAGGAGCUGAGAGGGCAGUGUGAGAGGCUGCAGUACAGGGAGUCUCAGCGCUUCUGUGUCCAGUGCACCAUCACUGCUGUGGAGUACCAUCACCAGGAUGAUGGACAGACCAGCGUCCUCUCGUCUCCUCCGCCUCCGGCCACGCCCACAAGCCCAGGCCUACCAGUAGAGUCGACGCCAGUGAAACGGUCACCUAGAGGGCAGAAAAGGCCAAACCCCAUCACAUCUGGAACUCCUAGAAAGAGACUGGUUUUACCGUCAUCUGAGCCAGAGGAGAUCUCUGACAGUGGGUUGUCCCUUUUCGAUAGUGCGAUGGAGUUUCUCAUAGGAGAUGAAAAAAAUGUAGAUGAUGCCGGUAGUGAUGACGACGAUGAUAGUAACAGUUUCAUCACCGCGGAUACCAGCCCAGCCUGCUCCUUCAGCCUCUCUCAAGCUGCCAUGGAAACUAUACCGCGCACCUUCUGUUACCGGCGGCGACACACCCAGGCCAGUGCCACAGGCCUUCAUCCCAACACCUUCCAGAAGCUCCUCCCAUUUGAUGAGCUGGAGUCCUUCAGCCCCGCCCACUUCUACAGAGGCCACUACACACUGCAGCUGAGAGCUCUCUCUGACGGGGUUGUAGUGAACGCCCUGUUCCUUCCUGCUUCCCUGGAGUCCAAUCACUGGAUGCCUCUCCCCCAUCGUCAUGCCAACAGCUGGGAGAGCAUCCUAUCACACGGCGGCUUCUCACCUCACGUCCCUCCCCCUAGCCCAGCGGACCUGAUGGCCGUUAAAGCUCAGCUGGCCAAUCAGAAGUGGGUGUGUGUGCUGGAGGCGUGUCCGCUGGGCAGGAACCGGCUGGAGCUGGUCCUGAGUCGAGCCUUUCCUCUGCAGAGCUAAGUGAUGAGGACACGAUACACUUACACAUGAGAUGUGCCAUCACUCACACAUUCAGAAUGUACUGAGGGAAGCCAGAUGAGAUGCACUUAACUUGUUUGAUGUAAAUAAGUAAAUGUAUAUAUUUUAA